AUGAAAUUACUGGUUGCUCAUGGGAAUGAUGCGAACUUCUUAUCUCUAAUUGAAAAAGUUAAAAAAUUAAAUACCAAGGCUGGACCCUUCGCACACAUUUUAAUAGUUGGUGAUAUCAAGGAUGAAACAAUUAACAAUAUAGGUGACAUUGAUGGGCUAUCAACAUUAUACUUAUUUGGGGCAGAAGGAGAGAAUUCGACUAAUAUUAUUCGAUUGAAUGGUUUUGGCGUAUAUGAAAGCCAAGACAAACUUAGAAUAGGAUAUUCCACACAAACCACAAAACAACUUCACGAAUCGAAGAAGGCACUUUGGAAUAAAUUUAAACAACUGGAAGACCCUGUUGAUAUAUUAAUAUCUCGUGAGUGGAGUUCACAGGUUGCUAGAUUGAACGAAGUAUUUAGUGGUACUGAAUUACUGGAUAAUAUUGUAAAAACCGCCCAACCUAAAUAUCAUAUAGCAUAUGGAGACAACAAUCAUUAUUUCGAAAGUAAACCUUUCAUUUGGGAUGAUUCUAACCAAGUAUCCCGUUUUAUUAACAUAGCUGAUUUUGAUUCUUCAAAGAAAUGGGCAUAUGCCUUUAAUAUUGAGCUUGCUAGGGAUGUGAUCUCGGAUAAUAUUAAGAAACUGGAAUUGAUCGAUAAUCCGUAUAACACUCACCCCCAGAAAAGAGCUUUAGUUACUGAUCAACACCCUGAUGACGGUCAUAAAACGGCUGUGGAACCAAAACAGAAAAAGGUCAAAAAAAUUCUACCAAGUACAUGCCAUUUUUGUUUUACAAAUGCCAGCCUUGCCGAUCAUAUGAUUAUUUCUAUUGGUAACUCAUCAUAUCUAACAAUCGUUAGAGGUCCAUUAACAACUCCUAAAGGUGAUAUGAAUUUUUCUGGUCAUUGUCUGUUAAUACCUAUAGAGCAUAUUCCUAAAUAUAAUUCAGGCCAAGAUAAUUUCAAGGAGUCUACUCUAGUCAAAGAAAUGACCCUUUAUGAAAAUAGUGUUGUUAAGAUGAAUUAUCGUAAAUUCGAUAUGUCGACCAUUGUUUUUGAAAUUAAUUCCGAAAGAUCUAUUCAUUUUCAUAAACAGAUCAUACCAAUACCCAAGUAUUUAAUUUUGAAGUUUGAAACAGCACUAGAUAGACAAUUACAUUUUAAUAACGAAAAUUUUUCAAAUAAUGCUAAACUAAAUUUCCAAAAGUAUUCAUCCACAGACGAAGAAUAUUUGAAAAUAAGAGACGAUCCAAAGGCAAAUUAUUUACAAUUUACUGUGUACGAGACGUCAGAAACAGACCCUCAAGUAUACAUUGCAAUGUUUCAGCCUGAUAUGCGCUUAGACCUACAAUUUGGUAGAAGAGUUACUGCAUUUUUAUUGAGAGCACCAAAAAGAAUUAAAUGGGAUUCCCCCGCGUGUCUUCAAUCGAAGGAACAAGAGAUCAAGGAAACAGAGAACUUCCAAAAAGGUUACAAAGAUUUUGAUAUCAUGACUCAGAGUUGA